AUGGACACCGACGCAGGAUCUGAACUGUUCAGCAACUAUGAAGCUGAACUCAAGCUCGUCCAGGCCGACUUGAAUCAGAAACUCGAUCAGCUCGCCGAACUCUCGGGAGAACAGCGCAAGGCUGCCAUCAGUCGCGCGAACCACACGCUGGACGAGGCCACUGAGCUCCUGGACUCGAUGCGACUGGAGAAAGAGAACCUGCCUUCGAACCAAAAGGCCAAGACGAACCAACGUUUCCGCAACUACGCAACCGACAUUGAUAUGGCUAAGACAAAGCUCAAGGGGCUUUCUAGCGACAAGUCUGCUCUGUUCAAUAGACGCUACACCGAUAACCCCACUGGCGACGACCAGCUGGAACAAAGACAACAACUCCUGUCCGGUACCGAUAGACUCGACCGCUCGAGUGGCCGUCUUCGUGAGAGCCAGCGCAUCGCUCUCGAGACUGAGGACAUUGGUCGCAACACGCUUGCAGAUCUUGCCAGACAAAGAGACGUCAUUGACCACACUCGCACCACUCUGCUCGAGGGCGAAGGCUACACCGACAGAAGCAACAAGACUUUGAAGCAGAUGGCUCGUAGGUAA